CCAUGUCCGCACUGUUCAUAUCAAACAUUGUACAAAUCAGAUCUGACUAAGCAUAUGAGAAAACACACUGGAGAAAAACCAUUUAUAUGUAGAAUAUGUGGUAGAGGUUUUACACAAAAACAUAGCAUGAUAUCUCAUGAAAUAUCUAGUCAUAUUGUUUGAAAUAGCGAGACCCUACAUCAAGAAGGUUUUUGGCCGCACUCGACAUAUAUGUCCACAGUAUUCAACGAAGAUUCCAGAAGGUUUGGAUCCCUCAUUGGCUGAAGGUUAUACUAAAUAUUCAUGCUCUUAUUGCAAAUAUUCAUCUUUCUAUAAAGGUAAUGUACAGAGGCAUAUGAGAAAACAUACCGGGGAACGACCUUUCUCUUGUAGUUACUGUCAAAAAAAGUUUACUCAAAAAGAAAAUAUGCUUAUUCAUGAAAAUCUUCAUGCACAAUCAAGACUGUUAAUGUGCCAUAUUUGUAAAGAAUGUUUCCGUAGUGCCUCGUCAUUGGGUAUUCAUAUGUUGGACCAUAAUCUGUAAUACCUUUUUUUCCCUUUUGUUUCUGAAAACUUUAUCUGUACUGUAAAAAUUGUACAUUUUCUUCUUAGCAUUUGUUUCAUUUGACUGUUUAUUAAAACAACUGUUUUUGUA